CCCAUCUUCUUUUUACUUGUUUCAUUUUUGCUUUGCUCGUGUUAUUCGUGUUAUUUUUAGGCCGCCUUUUCGUUUACCGAAAAGUUGGCUAAAGAACUCCGGAAUUUCGACCAAGUUGGACCGGUUGGUAAGUCCGUCACACACGCAACACGUUUAAGGGAACGCCAUCCGGUUUUCCGGGUGACUAAUUUUUGGAUCUCGGGACCCACGCAGCGCUAAAAAAAAUGAGGCUGCUCUACGCAUUUCUACCAAUUUUGGCCGUACGCUUGGCUUCUGUUUUUGUGGUACAAACAUAUUACGUUCCGGAUGAAUAUUGGCAGAGUUUGGAAGUGGCCCACAAACUGACCUUUGGCUAUGGCUACCUGACUUGGGAGUGGAUUCAGGGCAUUCGCAGCUAUGUGUAUCCCCUGCUGAUUGCCGGACUGUACAAAAUCCUUGCCCUCCUGCAAUUGGAUAGUGCUCAACUUCUGGUGCUGCUGCCAAGGAUUCUCCAGGCCUUGCUAUCGGCCUACUCCGACUAUCGCUUCUUUGUGUGGACGGGCAAAAGGAAGUGGGCUCUGUUUUUGGUACUGGUACCCUGGUUCUGGUUCUACACGGGCUCCCGAACUCUGGCCAACACCCUGGAGGCCUCUCUGACCACCAUUGCCCUGAGCUACUUCCCCUGGUAUGGCGAAUCCACUGUCUAUCUGUGGCCAGCUGCCAUCUGCUGCUUUUUGAGACCCACGGCGGCGGUUAUUUGGCUUCCAUUAUCCCUAUAUCAUUUGCGCAAGAGUCGCCAGAAUGUCCUGGAACUGAUCCUCAAACGUUUUGUGCUUAUCGGUUUACUCGUAGCUGGACUCGGAAUUGCCAUCGACACCUACUGGCAUGGUCACUUGAUUGUGACCCCGUACGAGUUCCUCAAGUACAACAUCUUCAACAACAUCGGCAGCUUCUAUGGGUCGCAUCCUUGGCACUGGUACUUCACCGUGGGAUUGCCCACUGUCCUCGGGAUCAACACGCUGCCCUUUAUCUUUGGCAUAAUGGAGACGGUGCGAAAGUCGGAGAAGUAUCCGGUUAGCAAGCAGCUCUUGAUCACCAUCUUUCUGACUCUGGUUGUCCUGAGUGCCGUGGAGCACAAGGAGUUUCGAUUUGUGUCCUCGCUGCUUCCCCUCUGCUUGUAUGUGAUAACGGACGCCUUGUCGCGAUGGAGUUAUAGAGCCUCACGCACCAUGCUCUGGACCACUGCCCUGGUGAUCCUGGUGGGCAAUGUCCUGCCCGCCUGGUAUCUGAGCACUGUCCACCAGAAGGGACCCAUUGAGCUGAUGCCCAAGCUGAGGGAGAUCGCCCAGGAAUACAGGGAUGAACGAGAGCACCAGGCGAACAUCCUGUUCCUCAUGCCGUGCCAUUCGACGCCGUACUACAGCCACAUCCACCAGAACGUAACGAUGCGCUUCCUGACCUGCGAACCGAAUCUGGAGAAGAAGGAGCAGUACAAGGACGAGGCCGAUCGCUUUUUUGAGGACCCCGUGCACUGGAUCAACUCGCACAUACCCGUGCAUCCGCUUACCGCUCUGCCCAGCCAUGUGGUGCUGUUCGAUCCGCUGGCCGAGAGCAUUAGCGUAUUCCUGCGCAACUACGGGCUGCUCCAUCGCAUCGAGCACGCAGAGGUAAUCCGGCUGGAGGGCUCACAGGCUCUGGUGGACGAGUGGUCGCAGGCACUGGGCGCCCAGUCACCUAAUGUCGCCUCUCUAUUGCAGCAUCGCCAAUCGCGCACCGGUCGCUCCAUUUUGGUCUACCAGCGCUUGAAAAAGGGCGAGGAGAAUGCAUUUAAUCGUGGAUCAGAGGAUCAGGAGCAUCGCGAGCAGGAUGUCCACGAUCAUCCGUCUCUGGAGGAUCUCCCUCUGGCCAACGAGAAUCUAUUCAACUAGUUGGUAAACAGAGACAGAGAGGAAAAUCGAAACCCACCACCACCACCACCUUAGCCCUUCGUUCAAAAGCAAAAAGCAAUGACACACACACUUAAUUUAACUUAAAAAAAUACAAACGUAUAUUUUGUAUCCAUUUUUGGCCUUAGCAAAAGUUUUUAAAACGUUGUCGCGCGAAAAGAACUGAAACAAAUCAGAGCAAACAUUUGAUAUUCGUAGGCGUAAGCGCAUUUUGUGUGUACUUUGUGCUAGUUGAUAAUGUGUAAGCCAUCUGAGUAUUUAGACGUUAAAAGGUCUAACAAGAGGCAAUAUAUUUUACGUAGACGAUACAGCA